UCAACGUGCUGUUGGAAGUGGAAGCGAAUUGAAAUCGCGCGCUGCUUUAUUCGCUUGUUUAUGCCAAAGUCCAUGGCAGUAUUGGAUCGGAUCGACAAUUAGUCGACUGGAACUGGACAGAUUGGCUUUGUGACACCAUUCGCCUGUGGAUUUCCUACAUGCCCCGGAAUUGGCUUCACCCCGCAUUGUGGAUAAACUGAGACGCUACGCCACGCCCACCGAGGGACAGCACCCAGAUCUCCGGUUGCGAGCUUGUGACGCCAACGUGGUCGGCACCCGUCGUCUUCAGCAACGUCGUUUUCGUCAAACUGCGAGAUUAUUUAAUGUUGGCCACCGGUUUUCUGGCUCGCAGAACCGUACUUAACCAGCCGGCGUUCAAUUCAUGGAGCACAUUCCUCCGGACCGCUAGAAACCGACCCACAUCCACGGUUGCCGCAAGAGUUCCACUAAAGAUUCAGUCACAGCGGCAAUUUACAAGAGUAUACUCAUUCUCCAAAGAUAUGGACACGCCAGCUGAUGUCUUCCGCGGCAUUACGGAUCGUUUUGCCGGAGUCACUGUCGAUGGGCGCGAAGAGAACGUGGACAAAUCCAGUUUUCGGGACAAACUGACAAAAUCGCUGAACUUUUGGACGACGAACAAGAACCGGGCCAUUUGGUUCCGUGUGUACAAGGAGCAGGCCGAUUGGGUGCCCAUUCUGGCGGAGAACGGCUUUGAUUUCCACCAUGCCAAGACCGGAGUGGUGGUCAUGUACCGCUGGCUGCCGGAGGACGAGUCCAGCAACCUGCCCACCUAUGCACACACGCUGAUGGGCGUCGGCGGACUUGUGAUCAACGAACAGGACGAGGUGCUGGUGGUGUCCGAUCGGUUUGCGAUGAUACCGAACAGCUGGAAGCUGCCCGGCGGCUAUGUGGAGCCGCGGGAGAAUCUCAUCGAUGCGGCGAUACGCGAGGUGGACGAGGAGACGGGAAUACGCACCGAGUUUCGCUCAGUGGUCAGUCUGCGGCAUGCCCAUGGCGGCACCUUCGGAUGCUCCGACAUGUACGUGGUCAUCGCCCUAAAGCCCCUGAAUUUGGACUUCAAGCGCUGCGAGCGGGAGAUCGCCCGCCUCCAGUGGAUGCCAAUCGCGGAGUAUCUAAAGCAUCCGCAGGUCCACGAGACGAACAGGCAGUUCGUGCGCACCUUUUUGGACUAUCAGAAGCGCGGCCUGACCCUCACCUGUCGCGACGAUGUGCACCAGGUGCUGAAGAAGAAAUACAACCUGUAUUACGUGGAGCGGGAGCAGCAACAGCAGCAGGAUGAAAAGAAUUUGUGAGACUUGUCGGUGCAGUGGCCAAAUCCUUAGUGCAAUUUCUAUUAAGUUCUUUCUUCCAAAAGCCAGCAGGAGCACAAGUGCACAUUGAAAUGUUUACAAUGUAGUUAUUAAAUGCUUUUUUUUUGUAUAUAUUUAUAUGCAUAUAUAAAUUAAAGCUCACACAGCCUUACA